AUGUCCACUUCCCCAACCUCACACCUCGAGCAAUCGAGCAAACUAGCUGAGGAAUUGGCUACGCCAGAUAAACCACCAUUCGAUCCCCAUGGCUCUGCGCCUGCCAAGACGCGCGCCGCGCUGCGUAAGGUCGUUCUCGACUUCCCCGCGUCCAGCGAGGGGUUUACUGGACGACAGGCGACUGCAAAUGUGAAGGAGUCGCUAAAAUGGGGGACGAAGAUUGUGGGUGGUGUCAAGCCUGGUGUUGAGGGGGAACAUUUGGGUCUUCCUGUUUUCCCGUCUGUGAAGGUGGCUCAGGAGAUGGCUAAGCCGGAUGCCUCGGCGAUUUAUGUGCCCGGUAACCAGACCGCAAAGGCCAUUGAGGAAGCUAUCGAGGCAGAGAUUCCGCUGGUCGUAGCUGUGGCUGAACAUGUUCCGAUUCACGAUAUCCUUCGGAUCCACUCCAUGCUGCAAACCCAAUCCAAGACCCGUCUCGUCGGCGCAAACUGCCCCGGUAUCAUCUCCGCUAUUGGAAAAUGUCGUAUCGGCUUCCAGCCCCUACCCUGCUUUGCCCCUGGCAAAGUCGGAAUCGUGGCCAAGUCAGGAACACUGAGCUAUGAGACCGUUGCUUCGACGACCCGAGCUGGUCUUGGGCAGAGUCUGUGCAUCAGUAUGGGGGGUGAUGUGUUGGCUGGUACCAACUUCGUCGAUGCGUUGAAGAUCUUUGAGCACGAUGACGAUACCCAAGGUAUCAUUCUUGUUGGUGAGAUUGGUGGUACGGCGGAGAUGGAUGCUGCGGAAUGGAUUCGCGAUUAUCGCCGGCGGACUGCUAGCCCUAAACCCAUCAUGGCGCUGGUUGGUGGAUUGGAAGCGCCUCCUGGUCGUAUCAUGGGACACGCUGGAGCUUGGGCUGCGCCGGGAGAGCCGGAUGCGCAGACAAAGUAUCAGGCGCUGGAGCGGGCUGGUGCUGUCAUGGUCAACCACCCAGAGAAGUUUGGCGAGGGUAUGAGGACUCUGCUGGGUGGCACUAGCCGGCCAGGUGCAAACACCUUUUCAGGGGCUGGCUCCCAGAAGCGUGGCUUUCAUACCAUGAGGCGUGUCAACCCGGCUCAGAGGACAGUUCAGCAGAAGCGGGGCUUAUAUAUCAAGCAGUUCCAAGCAUUCGACAUCUUGAAAGAGAAAUCUGUUCGAGUCAACGAAUCUGCUUCCAAGUCUGACGCAUCUAUUUCCAUCUCUGUUGACCGUACAGCUCUUUCACCAUGCAUCGUCGCCUCUCCAACCACCGAGUUUGACGCCUCUCAGUCUCGUCGAUUCCCUUUCAGCUACUCGCAAUCCAGCUUCGACCAAAGUCCCCUCAUUGCAGAAGUAGCUUCGCACAUGGGCGUUCCUGUCUCAGCCCAAGCUGAACUCUCCGCCUUGGUCCAGGAAUUGUGGAAUAUUUUCAAGGAGAAAGAGGCAUUUGUGCUCGAGACGCAGAUUGGAAUGUCCGCUGACGGAAGCCUGGAGGUUCACGGCGCAAGAUUCGGCUUCGAUGAUGCCGCUUACCGCAGUUCCGGUCGUCAAGAGGAAAUUCACCAACUGCGCAACACCGCUGAAGAAGCCCCGGAAGAAGUUGAGGCUGAGAAAGAUGGAAUCGUCUACGUCAAGCUUGAAGGCGAAGGCAGCAUCGGCACACUAGUCAACGGAGCCGGUCUCGCAAUGAACACAGUCGACGCACUUACUUUCCAUGGCGGCCACUGCGCCAACUUCCUCGACACCGGCGGCAAGGCUACAUCCGAGACAGUCAAGUCUUCAUUCCGAAUUAUCUGCUCCGAUCCCCGUGUGAAGGCUGUGUUUGUUAAUAUCUUUGGCGGAUUGACUCGCUGCGACAUGAUCGCCGAGGGUAUCAUCCUUGCUUUCCGGGACCUGAAUAUGCAGGUACCCGUUGUGGUGCGACUGCGUGGGACUAACGAGGAGCUUGGGCAGAAGAUGAUUGCCGAAAGUGGUCUGCCUUUGCAUGCUUUUGAUGGAUUCGAGGAUGCGGCGAAGAAGAUUAUCUCGCUGGCUCAGUGA